UAGGACAGAGAGUAAUAUUGAGAAAAUUUGAAUAAUUUUGAGUAACAUUGAGUCACUCAAAGUUUUUCAAUACUCUCAAACGACGUAACGAAUUUUGACACUGACAUUUGGCACCAGAGACGACUGACUUUGACAGGCACAAAGAAACAACGUGGAAACGACCAUCCACACAGUAAGGACAUCUAGUCGAACGAUUUGUGGGCGAUUUGGAACAUGGUUUCGCGUCCCCAAAAUCAGUGUGACACGUUCCUAAGCCACGGUACCGAGGCGCAAGAAGACAAGGCUGAAGGCAAGUGCAUAUUUGAAACUAUGGAUGGCAUCCUGACGCCGACCAGUUUCACCGACAAGUCCCUGCAUCUGAUGUCAACAAAAUCGGUGGUACGGGAACGGAAACCCGGUAUCGCCAUCGUCUCCGCCCCGGCCAACCUGACCACUGAUGUCAAGUCCGUCGAAAUGUACCAAGAAGCCCUGCCGGAGGUCUGGUGAUGAUGCUAUCGUCUUCCUUGUCCCUGUGCAUGGUAGCCGGCCACCAAACAACAAUCGAUACUAGCGACCGCGAGAACAGUUCCCUUGAGUGAACCAGAUGUCGAUUUCCGGUUAUGUCAUGCGGGUACUUGCGAAAAUUCAGCUAUUGUCAAAGGAGUCAAAUAAAACUAAAGAUAAAAGCGUUUAUUUUUGCUUUUUGCUUGGUUUCUUUUAAUGCGGUCCGUUUCGAUGCAUUUGGUCGAUGUCCUCUGAGUCCUCCUCGUUCUGGAUCUGAAUGUCUGAGUAGGCCUUCCACUCCUUGUCCAUGUACAUCUUACAGCCGA